AACUUUACCGGCGGAGGAGCCUCGUCCGGAAAGGUCCUCAUGCCGCGAAUCGGUUAUACUAUUCUAGCCAUAAUUAUGGCCGUAUUCUGCGCGGUUUCACUGGUCCUGAACAUCAGCGUCAUUGUGGUGACCAUUAAAUACAAGCAGCUGCGACAUCCCAUCAACUACUCGCUGGUGAACUUGGCGGUUGCCGAUCUGGGAAUCACCUUACUCGGUGGGAUUCUGACCGUAGAGACGAACGCAGUCGGUUACUUUAACCUGGGAAGAGUGGGUUGCGUGAUUGAAGGGUUUGCCGUGGCUUUCUUUGGGAUCGCCGCCCUGUGCACCAUCGCCGUCAUCGCUGUAGACCGCGUCUUCGUGGUGUGCAAGCCCAUGGGGACCCUCACGUUUACCGCCAAGCAGGCCCUGGCUGGCAUAGCCCUAUCCUGGAUUUGGUCUCUCAUAUGGAAUACCCCCCCUCUGUUCGGUUGGGGCAGUUACCAGCUGGAGGGGGUAGAGACGUCCUGCGCCCCCGACUGGUAUAACACGGACCCCGUCAACAUGUCCUACAUCAUCUGCUUCUUCUGCUUCUGCUUCGCUAUCCCGUUCCUCACCAUCAUCGUCUCAUACGGGUACCUAAUGUGGACAGUGCGACAGGUGGCCAAACUAGGAGUGGCAGAAGGUGGCACGACUAGCAAAGCCGAGGUCCAAGUGUCGAGGAUGGUCUUGGUGAUGGUGCUGGCGUUCCUCGUCUGCUGGCUGCCGUACGCUGCCUUCGCCAUGGCGGUCGUGGCCAACCCCGGAAUCUACAUUAACCCCAUAAUAGCCACGGUUCCCAUGUACCUGACCAAGACCAGCACCGUCUAUAACCCCAUCAUCUACAUCUUCAUGAACAAGCAGUUCCAGGAAUGCGUCAUCCCCUUCCUAUUCUGUGGCCGAAAUCCGUGGGCCCAACAGAAGUCGGAGCCUUCAGCCGUAACAUCCACCACGCGCGUCUCCACUUCAAAAAUCAGCAAAGUCUCUCCAGCCUGAAACGGUUAAUAAUCUGCAUUUUGUGUGUUUUGAGUUUUAAAAUUCUUUGAUUGGAUAUUAAAAUUGUUGAAAACCCCACAUAUUCCAGAAUGUCGGCGAUGGGGGGAGGGGGGCUUCUAGAGCUGUCACGGUGUAUUUGUGACGGGGUAGUCUGCACUGUUUCAUACCCGCCAGCAGAGACGUUAAUAAUAAGACGUUAAGGGCCUGGAAGAUGAGGUUCGUCGCCCGCUA